AUGUUGCCGAAAAGCAUCGAAAACUCGCGUGUCUGGCAAAAAUUCGGUGACCUUUUCUGUGUUCUUUUCAUCACGAUUUUGCUGCUAGCCAUCUACAUUCCCGUCCAUAACAUCUAUUCGCCGAGUUGGGUGAUCGGAAUUUAUAGCUUCGCCUCAUUCGAUCUACUCGCUGCACCCACACAACCCGAUAUUGAUGGUAAAUUCGUCGGUGAUGCCAGCUUCGUUUUGCUGACAAUAACCGAUUGGUCCCAAAAAAGCGAUCGAGUGACUCGAGCCGAGUCGAUGCUGAUGAUACAGCCUUAUCUCAAUGUAUUGCUUUUGGACUCCGAAACGACGAGU